CACAACUUUAUAAUAAACCACAAAUAAAAAUAAGACUCCCACGAUCCAUUCUCUCUCUUCCUUCGUCCUCCUCCUCAUUGACUCUCUCUCUCUAUUUCUCUCUCUGUGAGUGCCAAUGGCGGAUCCAAUCUCCAAACCUCUCAUUGCAUUUCUCCUCAUAGCUUCCAUCUUGCUCUGCUCUCAAGCUUCUUCUGACGUCCCCUUCAUCGUCGCUCACAAGAAAGCUUCUCUCAACAGACUCAAGUCUGGCGCUGAAAGAGUCUCUGUCACCAUCGAUAUUUACAACCAAGGAACCUCGACGGCAUAUGAUGUGAGUCUGGCAGAUGAGAGUUGGCCAGCUGACCUUUUCAGCAUAAUCAGUGGAACCACUUCAAAGACAUGGGAAAAGCUUGAUGCCGGUGGUGCCCUCUCUCACACAUUUGAGCUGGAGGCAAAAUCAAAGGGAGUAUUUUCCGGUGAACCAGCUGUCAUCAAGUUCCGUGUUCCCACAAAUGCAGCUUUACAGGAAGCAUAUUCAACUCCCAUCUUGCCAUUAGAUGUUCUUGCUGAUAGACCUCCUGAGAAGAAGUUUGAAUGGGCUAAGAGGUUGCUGGCUAAGUAUGGAUCUCUAAUCUCGGUGAUCAGCAUUAUCGUUAUGUUUGUGUACCUGGUAGCUUCACCAUCAAAAUCUGGUGCAAAAGGAAGCAAGAAGAAGCGUUAAUCUUUGACAAAUCAGUACCUUUACAAUCAGACAUCAGAGACUAGAGUGUGAUAUUCUGUCAGCGGUCAGUUUUCACCUAGUUAGAACACAUGUUUUUGAACUUUUGAAUGAAUGGUUAAAUGAGUUAGUGAGAGAACAAUUUUAAUUUCUUGACGGCAUAGCCUGAACAGUUGUUUUCAGUUCUUAUAUGGAUGGUAUGGAUCUUAGCUAGCAAAAGUAUAUCAAUCGAUUACGUGAUCUCAUA